AUUCAGUGACAGAUUAGGCAACAGCGUGACGUGUUUGCGAUGAAAAUCUCGCGUGAAUACUGAUGAGCAUUAUUUUUGGUCACAAUACCAUUUCCUGGAUGGAAAUCUGUACAGUGUGUGAAUUGAGCUGACUUAAUAGCGAUGUUGGCCUAUAAAUUCAGACUCACACGUUCCACAUAGUUAAACUCCUAAACGCCUGCAACUUGGGAAUCUUGAGUCGGAAACGAGCUGUUCUUGGUUUUGGCAUGGAGGAAUAAGAACUUGGUCGAGUCUCCCUUCUGAUUCACAAUCUGCCCCGCUUGUCAGGGAAGAUGGCUCAGUCAAUGUGGCUUAUUUUCUUUAGUGUGCUGCCUGCUUUGUACGUGGUGGAUACGAUGCCGCAUGGCAGCAGCGUCGGUCAAGAACAUAAUAACUACCGCGUAGUGUGUUAUUUCACGAACUGGGCUCAGUACCGGCCGGGAGCGGCACGUUUUGUGGCCGAUAACAUGGACCCGAGUCACUGCACACACAUGAUCUUCAGCUUUGCCAAGCUCAGCGACUCCAACACCAACCGUCUGGAGCCCUAUGAAUGGAACGACGAGUCAACAGACAACCUGGUCGGUAAUUACGAAGCCAUGAACAACCUGAAGCAGUACAACCCACGUCUCAAGACCCUACUGGCCGUGGGAGGCUGGUUGCACGGGACGCAGAAGUUCACCUACAUGGCCGAGACGGUCGCCAGGAGGCAGGUCUUCAUCCAAGACGCCAUCCAGUAUGUCCGAGAGAGAAACUUCGAUGGACUUGACCUGGAUUGGGAGUUUCCAGGGGCAGAGAACAGGGGAAGUCCGGCUGUCGACAAACAACGAUUCACGCUUCUUGUUCAGGAGCUACGUGCAGCCUUUGAAGAGGAGGCAUCGAUUACAGGUAGAGAGCGCCUCCUAUUGACGUCGGCUUGCUCAUCGGUGCCAUUCGUCAUCGCAAAUGGCUACGAAAUUGCGGCCAUCUCAAGUGCCCUAGAUUUCAUCAACUUGAUGGCGUACGAUUUACACGGUUCAUGGGAAGGCACUACCGGCCACCACACAUCGUUGUACCCUGGUAUGUCAGAUGUCGGUGACAAUCGCCUUCUUACUGUGUCCAACGCCGUCGAUAUUUGGCUGAAGGGCGGGACGCCACCCUCUAAGCUUGGCCUAGGGAUGGGUCUGUAUGGCCGCUCCUUCAACCUUACCGGCCAGGCGACCGGCAUAGGUGCUCCCGCUAGCGGGGCAGGUACGCCCGGUGGUUCCACCCAAGAAGCCGGUUUCCUGUCUUAUUACGAAAUUUGUGAAAAACUCCAGGAUGGCCGGCUGACACGGGUUUGGGAUCCGGAACGUCAAGUUCCAUAUGCCUUCCAGGACAGCCAAUGGGUUGGCUAUGACGAUCCACAGAGCAUCCAAAUCAAGGUCGAUUUUCUUCUGGGACAAAGCUUGGGCGGAGCCAUGCUGUGGGCUGUAGAUUUAGACGAUUUCAACGGGAACUGUGGAGAGACAUGGCCGCUGAUGAAAGCCAUCAACCGCGGACUUACUUUAGUGACCGACGAAGAAUCUCCUGCAGAAACACGUCAAGCCAGUACCCCAUUCACCUGCCUAGGCAUAUCUGAUGGUUAUUACGUGGACCCAAGCAGCUGCAGGAUGUACUACAUCUGCAACAACGGAGUCGCAAGCCAUCUUCCAUGCGGGCAAGGCCUAUAUUUUGACCCGCAGUCCGGUACAUGCAACUACCCUGAAAACGUCCAGUGCAACGUUCCGGACACACCGCUCUUCUGUGAUGACCGCGCCGACGGAUUUUACAUGGACCCAGCCGACUGCAGCAAAUUCUUUCAAUGUGCCUCCGGCCUGACGUACCCAAAUUCCUGCCUAUCGGGUCUCUUGUGGAACACUGACAGCAACUUCUGCGACUGGCCUGGUAAUGUCAACUGUAACCAGUCCGUUGUCUUCUCGUGUCAGGACCGAGGGCAUGGUUAUUACGGAGACCCGUACGACUGUGCGGGGUUCUACCACUGCGCUGUUGGCAAGGCGUACCGGUAUAGCUGUGGGCACCUGUACUGGAAUGCACUAAUUGGUGGUUGUGACAACCCUGCCAAUGUGCAGUGCAUACUAGCUUAGAGGGAUAUAUUCAGUCUCACUUUGAACUACAGUCUUCCGUAAAUCAUUUCAAACAAAACAUUGAGUUUAGGCCUAUGUUAGCAAUACAUUAUACUUUUUUGUGGUAAUGAAUUUCUCAUUUUAGGAUCAUGGUGCCAAUGGGUUGUAUUUUUAUCACGAUGCAAACUUUUUAAAAUUUGCAUUAGAGAUGAAACAAUAAUCGUUUGUAUCCUAUUUAAUUUCAUAAAGGUCCUUACAUUAAAUCAUUCCAAUUAAAAGAAAUUAA